UUUAAUAACAGCGACCCUUAUCCCUUCCCAUACUUCCGUCUCUAUCUUCUUGCUUGCUUCAGAAAAUUUCCUUUGAAAAGAAAGAAAAAAAACUUGCUCCAGAAAAAGAAAAAAAUAAAAAUAAAAAACUAUUUUAUUGGUCGUCACCUUUGGAAAGCGUGCCCGAUUUGGCCACCAAAUAAUAACAGAAAAAAUAUAUAUAUUAUUUUGAUUGCCUAAAACGACGUAACAGAAAAUAUAUAUUGAGAUAGUUCAAGAAUUCGAAAAGUUUUAUCUCUUUCUUUUAUUUUAGCUCGGUGAAAUUUUUUUUUUAGUUGUAGAAAAAUGAGUUUGGAGGAAUCAUCGUCGACGGCCGAGCGGCGGCUGAGAGCGAUUCAAGGACAUCUAAUUUCAGCCGCCGACGGUUUGAACUUGCGGCAGAUCCACAAGAAUGAGACCGCUGGUGAAUUCGUUCAUGGUCAGGGAUAUAGUGUAGUUCUACCUGAAAAAUUGCAGUCAGGCAAAUGGAAUGUAUACAGAUCUGCAUGCUCGCCUCUGAAGCUUGUUACUAGGUUCCCUGAUCAUCCUGAAAUUGGCACAUUACAUGACAACUUUGUAUAUGCCGUUGAAUCGUUCCAAGAUUACAAGUACUUGGGUACUCGAAUUCGUGCAGAUGGAACCAUUGGAGAGUACAAAUGGAUGACAUAUGGUGAAGCUGCCACUGCUCGAUCGGCAAUAGGUUCUGGGCUUUGCAAUCAUGGAAUACAAUCAGGAUCCUGUAUUGGACUUUACUUCAUAAAUAGACCAGAAUGGCUUAUUGUGGAUCAUGCUUGCUCAGCAUAUUCGUAUAUCUCAGUUCCUUUAUAUGACACUCUCGGUCCAGAUGCUGUUAAGUACAUUGUGAAUCAUGCUUAUGUACAGGCCAUUUUUUGUGUGCCAAGCACUCUGAACACAUUGUUGAGCUUCUUAUCUGAGAUUUCAUCUGUACGUUUAAUAGUGGUCGUAGGAGGGGUAGAUGAGCAUCUCCCAUCUCUUCCUUCAACAUCUGGAGUUAAAGUUAUUUCGUAUUUAAAACUACUUGAUCAGGGUCGUGGAAAUAUUCAGCCAUUUUGCCCUCCCAAGCCUGAUGAAACUGCAACUAUAUGUUAUACAAGUGGCACUACUGGGACACCAAAGGGUGUGGUCUUGUCACAUGCCAGUUUGAUUGCAAGUGUUGCAGGCGUGAGUCUUAACGUCAAGUUUCAUCCCUCUGACAUUUAUAUUUCUUACCUUCCUCUGGCACACAUCUAUGAGCGAGCCAACCAAGUUAUGUCAAUUUAUUUUGGUGCCGCUAUUGGUUUCUAUCAGGGGGACAAUUUGAAGUUGAUGGAUGAUUUGGCAGUUUUAAGACCAACUAUAUUUUGCAGUGUCCCUCGUCUGUACAACAGAAUAUAUGCAGGGAUUACAAACGCUGUAAAAAAUUCUGGGGCCCUGAAGGAGAGAUUAUUUAAUGCCGCUUACCACUCCAAGAAGCAGGCAAUCAUGAACGGUAGAAAGCCAUCACCCAUGUGGGAUAGGUUGGUUUUCAAUAAAAUUAAGGAAAAACUUGGAGGUCGAGUCCGCUUCAUGUGUUCAGGAGCUUCACCUUUGUCACCUGAUAUCUUGGAGUUUCUGAGGGUAUGUUUCAGCUGUCGAGUUAUGGAAGGAUAUGGAAUGACUGAGACAUCCUGUGUCAUAAGCUCUAUGGAUGAAGGUGACGUCUCAGUUGGUCAUGUUGGUUCUCCAAAUCCUGCUUGUGAAAUAAAGCUUGUGGAUGUUCCUGAAAUGAAUUAUACUUCUGAGGAUCAGCCUCAUCCACGUGGAGAGAUCUGUGUAAGGGGUCCCAUUAUCUUCCAAGGCUAUUACAAAGAUGAAAUUCAAACGAGGGAAGUCAUGGAUGAUGAGGGGUGGUUGCAUACUGGAGAUAUUGGGUUGUGGCUACCUGGAGGGCGCCUUAAGAUAAUUGAUAGGUAAUAUGUCUUCUAAAUUUUAAGAUACUGGUUUUGAAAUUGGUCCAUGCAUCAUGGUCAUAAAUGAAGUGUGCUUAAAUUCAUGGGAUAAUUUCAGAAACCUCAGUGGAGGUUUCUAACAAUUUCAUUGAGCUCCCUUGAGGUUUUUAAUAUUACACUUACCUCCCCUGAUGAUAAACAAUGACUAUGAUAACCUUCAUAAUUUUUCCAAAGACAAGCCAUUGAUAAAAAAGAUAACAAAAAAAA